UUCAAAAUAAAAUUGACAAAAAAUAUGUAUUUUUUUCAAUAGUGUCUUAUAUCAUAUCCUUCCAUUGGUUGUAAACAACCUCCUCAAUUUGAUACAUGCUUGAAAAAUCUAACCAUUCCCAAUUUGGUGUCCAUGCACCAGUGCAGUAAGGACUUUUGACCCCGGUUGUUUUUGUUAUUCUGCCUCGGAUUUAGAACCGAGGCAUAUUGGGGUCUUUUGGCCUCGGGUGUUAACCGAAGCCAUAAAGUGUUUUUUCUACCUCGGGUAACGUAAGAACCAAUGCCAUAGGGGACAUUUUUUUGGAACACCACUGCAGUUGUGGUAAGUCGUUCGAGAGCAUGAUGGAAAUCGACAAUAUCCAAAUUGAAUCGAAACAGGAACGUAGUUUUCGUCCUCCUCCACACUUCCCUUAACCACACAGGUUGAAUCUCUGUUCACAAUCUCCUCCACACUUCUCGAACAUGGUCCUGAAGGAGUAUCAGAUCGCACUCAACUUCGCCACCGAUUACGACGAACGCGACCAACCCACCAACGGCAUCUUCCGCCCCGUCUGGAACCUUGCGCAAGUAACACCAGAAGCCAUCAAGCGGUUCAAGGAGAAGGCCGGAAGCAUGGACGUGGAGGUGGAAGUGUUCAUCUCCAUCGGCAACCGCGGCAACCGUCACCCCUUCAAAUCCCUCGACAGAGAAGCAUGGAUCGUCAACGCCACCAACUCACUCACGCGCCUCAUCCAGGAGGUGAACCUCCAAGUGGACGACAUCGACGUGCAGUACGAGGAAAUCGAGCCCCCGAUUUCAGCCUCUCUUCCACUUUGCAUUUCAGCCACCCUUUUCAACAAACCCUAAAAUGGAGGUGCAGCGAACCAGCGGCGACAGCGAACCAGUGACGGUGGAGGGGUAGGUUGCAGGGAGAGAGAAGAGAGAAAUGGAAUUGUUGAGAGAAAUGGAGACUGCGGCGGGGAAGAAGAAAAAGAAAAAAGGGCACGCAUUUUGGCACCGGUUGUCAAUCACCCGAGGCCAAAUAUGUGAGUUUUUGGCUUCGAUUCUCCGCAACCGAGGCAUAUGCUAGUUUUUGGCACCGAUUUUUUAUCAACCGAAGCAUAACACCGUUUUUGGCUUCGGGUGUUCUGUGAACCGAGGCAUAAAAGUUGGGUAGAAUUGCAAAAAUGCUACCGCGCCAUUAUAUGUUUCGAUUUUUUUAUAAUCGAGACAUAUAAAGCGAGUUAAAAACAAUAAUCUGCACUAGUGAUGUUGUAUAAUUUUUGAGAAAUUCAUCACAUUCAUCCUAUUUAUUAAUACAACAUGCAACCUUCUUUCAUUUAAAUAAUUCACACAACACAACACUUAAUAUUUGCUAUAGCAUCACUACCACCAACAUUAAGUUGGAAAAUUGUACAAGCAGUGGUCCAUGAAUAUUUAUAUUGAAUAUCAAACAAAAAAUUAAGAUUCAUUUGAUACAACAUAACACACAUUUUUAAAACUAAAAAUUAUAA